GGAAGAUCUUAUGAAGUAACGGAGUAGUUGCCACCAAACUAGGCAAGCUUCUCCUUAGCACUCAUAGCACAGACAAAACAGUUCAAUUCAAUGGUUUCAUUUCAACAGAGCAUGCAGCAUAUUCGAAAUUACUACUACUCAGAAGCUCAAAUGAUAGGAAGUAGCUUUCCCCGGAGAUUCAUCUCACAAACAUACAAGAACAGUUUCUCAAAGCCAAGAUCAAAUGCUGCAGAGAUCAAAUUAUUGGCUGCUAAGAAACACAGUGAAGCAGAAAAGAGACGUAGAAUGAGAAUCAAUGGUCAAUAUGACACCCUCCGCAACAUCCUCCCCAACAUAAUCAAAAAGGACAAGGCAACAGUACUGGUAGAGACUAUCAAGCAAGUGAAGGAGCUGAGGAAAAAAGUAUCCAAAUUGGAAGUUGAUGGCCCAAAGGAGGUUAAGUUUCCUAGUGGGGCAGAUAGACUGAACUUGGUAAAAUGUAAUGGUGAGGAGGGUAUAGUGAAGGCCACUUUCAGUUGUGAGGAUAGGCCUGAAUUGAUGUCAGCUAUAGCAAGGGCUCUCGGAUCAGUGCAAGCCAAUGUGAUAAAAGCUGAGAUGAUGACUCUUGGUGGAAGAACCAGAAGUGUGUUGUGGGUGCAAGGUCUUGGUGAUGAAGGUUUGGGGAAGCUCAAGAGUACUUUGAAGGUUGUCAUGCACAAGCCAACCUUCAGGAUGCGGCAUUUUACUCAAUAACUAUUUUGUGUUGUAGGAUUCCCCUGAUCUUGGAAUCUAACCGAGACAGAAUCAGAAAAUAAUUGAAGAAUGCAUUAUAAAUUGUUGUUUUCCCUUGCUUCUAA